UAUGGUGAUAGUAGUCUGUGAUAGUAGCUGUACUAGCUGGUAGUAGUAUCCUCAUCAUAUUAAUCUGUGGGUGAUUACAUCACAAGUAAUAAAAUAGGAAAUCGUUAGUACCUACUUUACUUUAUCUAGAUCAAAGGGAAUAUUUUCCUCACAUCACAAGCGUAUGAAGAGGAUGAGAUACGAUAAGAUAACCGUACACACCUAAAUAUCGACCUCUUGAUCAGAUCGCAACAAAGUCUUUAAUAAUUAUUACAAUACACUUGUGUAAGAUCAUUUUUUUAUUAGUAUAGCCAAGAGAAGACCUCAGGCAAAAUUAUUUUGCUUAGUUAGAAGCAAAAUAAGCGAGAAAUGCAUUCGAUUACAUUAUGGACUUCACUGUUGUUUCUGAUUAACGGGUACUUUGCAAUGGAGCCAAUAAUAUUAAUCCAUGGUGGCGCUGGAGAUAUUCCUCAAAACCGUGUAAAAGGUAAACUAGAUGGAGUUAAAGUUGCAGUGAUUGCCGGUCAUAAAAUAUUAGCACAAGGUGGAAGUGCGUUGGAUGCAGUUGAAGCAGCCGUUUUAUCUAUGGAAGAUGAUGAAAACUUCAACGCUGGUUAUGGAUCGGUUUUAAAUUUACGUGGUGAAGUGGCCAUGGAAGCAAGCAUAAUGCGCGGAGAAGAUCUCAACGCGGGGGCAGUAACGCUGGUUAAAGACUUUCCUCAUCCUAUAAGCAUCGCAUAUAAGGUUCUUACUGACUCUCCACAUUCAUUUAUAGGCGGAGAAGGUGCAAAAUUAUUCGCAUUAGACAAGGGUUUCACAACUGUUCCUCCGGAGAGCUUAAUUUCUGAGAAUGCAAAAAAUGCUCUUGAAGAAUUUUUACAACAUGGCGAAUUAGGCAGAACUGAGAUUGGUAUGAAGAAUGAGGGUGGUGUAGGAACUGUGGGUGCUGUGGCGAUAGAUAAAUAUGGGCACAUUGCUGUUGCCACAAGCACAGGAGGUAUGAGUGGCAAAGCUGUGGGGCGUAUUGGCGAUACGCCAUUAAUUGGUAGUGGAACUUAUGCAGAUGAUAACAUAGGUGGAGUUUCUACUACAGGACAUGGCGAGUCUAUUCUCAAAUAUUGCUUGGCUCAUAGCAUUAUUAAACUAAUGGAAAAUGGUACGGAUGCCAACACUGCAACUAAAGAAGCAGUUACUGGAAUGACCAAUCGCCUGAAAAACACCGCAGGCGCCAUUACAUUAUCCAAAAAUGGUGACGUUGGCAUUUAUUUCAGCUCAAAGAGAAUGUCCUGGGCUUAUAUUAAAUCAAACAAAAUAUUCUAUGGAAUAGAACAUAACCAAAUUCUGGAAGAUGAAUAUCGUCCAUCAUAAGAUAUAAAAGCAUAAUAUUAUUAUAUAUACCUAGGUAUCAU